AUGAUGUUCCAAAUAAUUCCUAAUUCAUUUGUGAUGCUUCUCUUUUUCUCGAUUUUCUUGUCCCUCAAUUCCUCUGUUUCCUUUGGACAAGAAUUAUCAACUGGAGACCAAAUUGGCACAAACAAAACAAUUACCAUUGGUGUUACUAUUGUUUCUUCUGGUGGAAACUUUGAAUUAGGCUUUUUUACACCAAACAACGGUUCCAGUUAUUUCAUUGGCACCUGGUACAAAAACAUUAGCCCACAAACAGUAAUUUGGGUGGCGAAUCACAACUUGCCUCUUUCUUUUCCUGAAAUGGCCAAUGCAGAAUUCGCGAUCACGAAUGGCAAUUUGGUCCUCCUGAAUGGCACCAAACAGCUAAUUUGGUCUACGAAUAUCGACUCCACAGAGCAUAAUUCUGUCGUAGCUGUUCUUGGUAAUGAUGGGAAUUUUGUCUUGAGAGAUUGUUCAAAUUCAACUUCUCGUGUACUCUGGCAAAGUUUCGAUCAUCCUAGUCAUACAUUUAUGCCUGGCUCGAGAACUGAUUACAACAAAAAUACCAAUUCCACGCGAUACAUCACGUCCUGGAGGAGUUCAGAAGAUCCUAGUCCGGGGCCUUAUACAGUCGAAAUUAAUCCAACCAAUGGCCAGUUUCGGGCAAUGUGGAAUAGGACUGAGGAAUACUGGAACAGUGGAUCCACUUGGGAUGGAGAUAGUUUCAGCAGCGUGCCGUAUAACAUUCCCAACACGACGGUUAAUUAUACAUAUGUCAACGAUGACAACGAGGUUUAUUACUUCAGUCCGUUAGUCAUAUCAAGAUUCGUGAUCGAUGUAACGGGGGAAAUGAAGCAGUUCACAUGGUUGGAUAGUUCCAAGCAAUGGAAUGUGUUUUAUCUUCAACCAGCACAGCACUGUGAUGUCUAUGCUUAUUGUGGGGCAUUUGGAACUUGCAAUCCGCGCUUAACUUCAGUAUGCAGGUGUUUGCCAGGUUUUGCUCCUAGAUUAGACACAGAUUGGGAUUUGGAUAUUUUUUCUCAAGGUUGUGUUAGGAAAAAAAAAUUGAGCUGUGGUAAUUCCAGUGCUACUUUUAAGGACAGGUUUAGGAUGAUAUCCUAUGUGACAUUACCCAAAUACUAUGAAACUGUCAAAGUCACAAAUGCAACACUAUGUGAAUCUACUUGUUUCAAUAAUUGUUCUUGUACUGCUUAUGCUUAUGAUGGAACUGAAUGUUUAACUUGGACUGGAGAAUUGCUAAAUCUGCAACAACUAUCUCAAGAUGAUCAUAGAGGAAGAAACUUGUUUAUCAAACUUGCUGCUUCUGAUUUUCCAAGUGAUGACCAAGCAACGAAGAAGAAGAAGCAAUCAUGGACAAGGCUCAAAAUCAUCGUUCUAGCAACAAUAUCUGUGACAAUUAAUCUAUUAGUAUGCUGCUUUAUCUACAUUUACUGUAGAAGAAAGAUUGCAAAAGGAAAAGGUCAAAGGAAUUUUUUUGCUCACUUGCAGAGUAGAGAUAACGAUUUGACAAAUGAAGAUGAUGACAAUAACAUCGAUAAUGUUCCAUUUUUUAGUUUUGAAAGCAUAGUAGCUGCUACAAAUCAAUUCUCAGAGGCAAACAUGCUGGGCCAAGGAGGGUUUGGUCCCGUUUAUAAGGGUAAAUUUCUAGGAGGACGAGAGAUUGCAGUUAAAAGAUUAUCAACUCAAUCUCGACAAGGCAUAGAAGAAUUCACGAAUGAAGUGUUAUUGAUCGCCAGAGUUCAACAUAGGAAUUUGGUUAAACUUUUGGGCUAUUGUGUAAAGGGAAGAAACGAAAAGAUUGUACUUUACGAGUACAUGUUAAAUAAAAGCUUGGACACCUUCAUAUUUGAUCAACAAAAUCGCGCACUACUGGACUGGAAAAAGCGAUUUGAUAUUAUUGUUGGAAUUGCCCGUGGAAUGUCUUAUUUACACCAUGAUUCAAGGUUGACAAUCAUCCAUAGAGAUCUGAAAACUAGUAAUAUUUUACUAGACGGAGGAAUGAACCCCAAAAUUUCGGAUUUUGGCUUAGCAAGGAUUGUCCAAGGAGAUUAUACACUAGCAAAUACAACAAAAAUCGCUGGAACCUGUGGCUAUAUGUCUCCGGAGUACGUGUUGAAUGGAGUGUUCUCAACCAAGUCAGAUGUUUUUAGUUUUGGAGUAAUAAUACUCGAGAUUGUCAGUGGCAGAAGAAACACUGGAUUUAAUCAAUGCGAAGAAGCAAUGAACCUCAUACAAUAUGCUUGGAGACUGUGGACAGAAGAGAAGGCAAUCACUAUGGUUGAUGAAUCGUUACUUGAAACAUGUAACAUGGAUGAAGCACUAAAAUGCAUAAAUAUUGGUCUCUUGUGUGUACAAGAACACCCUUGUCAACGUCCCAGUAUGUCAAGCGUCAUAUUAAUGCUUGGGGGCGAAAGCAUGAUCCUUCCGAAACCUAACCAGCCAGCUUUUGUGGCUAGAACUGCUAUUUCUAGUAAAUCUACAACUUCGUAUACCAAGAAUGGGCUAACAAUUACAAUUGAACAAGGCCGAUAA